AUGGCAUUGCUUCACACUGAAAAUCCUGUUGGAGUGGCUAUUCUGUGCGACAACUGCUUUUCAUACAUGACAUGUACACGGCACAUAAGAUGCUGCGAAUGCGCAACAGACCUGUGCAUGCAUUGCUUUGCAAGCCAGACAGAAACCAUGCACCAUAGCAAGUACCAUCAUUACAGAACGGUUUCUCAGCUGUAUAAGCAAGUUGAUGGAAGCGGAUGGACGCUGUUGGAAGAGGCGUUGUUUAUUGAAGGACUUGAGGCAUUUGGAAUAGGAAACUGGGCAGAGAUUGAAAGCCAUGUUGGCGGACGUAAAGACGUAAAGCAGCAUUUCUAUAAGUUGCUUGGAAUACAUGAUGAUGAGAGAUGCCAGCAUACUCGAUGCAAGCAGAGCAAUCCAUACAGAGGAUGCGUGUCUUCUUACAUGCCGCUUAGAAAAGACUUUGAUGUUGAGUAUCUGAAUGAUCAAGAAGCCAUCAUGAUGAAUCUCAGAACAGACAGUAAGUCAGGGACAAUGCUUACAGAGGCAAUGCUUGAUUCGUAUGUAAAGAUAGUGAUGUUCAGGAGGCGAUGGAAAUAUGCAAUACUUGAAAAAGCAAUGGUGGAUGUGAUGCACAUCAAGAAAAGCGAAAGUAUAGCAAACCAAAUGAAUAUGCAUGGGAUCAAAUGUAUUGCACCUUACAUGACAAGGUCGGACUUUAACACGUUUUUCAAUGGUAUUUACAUUGAGAAGCAUCUAUAUAGAAUGCUGAUGAAGCAAUCCAUGCUAGGCAGGCAUCAUAGCAUAGAUGUGUCUGAUGCAUUAAAAUGCAUUGCACCUGCUAACGGGCAGCUUUCGAGAGAUGGAUUCCUUAGUGAGAAUGAAAAGAAACUCUGCAAAUCCACAGGAAUAUCAUUUGGCAAGUACAUCGACUCUAAGGCAAUCGCCAUUGGCCAUCUGCUCAGCAAAACAAGACUUUCCAGCAAAGACCUUGGAGCAAUCUUUCAGAAUCCUGCCGAUGCUGAAAAAGCAUAUCAGCUGCUGCAUGACCAAGGAUGGAUCUGGGAGCAAACAAACUAG